AUGGACUUCUUUCUCCGCGCUCUGGUCUCCCGGGCCGAGCAACUCGAUCGGUCCCAGGAUCUCCGGGCCGAAAACCUCCUGGUAAGCGUCGCCAUGGCCAUUUUCGCUACCAUCUUCGUCUUCCUGCGCUUCUUCCCGCGCUAUCUCAGCUUGGAGGCCAUGAGGGAGUGCCCCCCUAGCGACAACUGGGUCAUGGUUCUCGCCUGGCUCGCUCUGAUGGGACACAUGAUCAUGAACAUCCUCCUCGUCGACAAGGGCAUGGGCCUCCAUGCCAACAUGGUACCCUCGGAUAGCCUCCAGGCUUUGAGCAACGUAUGUCUCGGCGCCGAGAUCUUCUACUUCGCUGGCAUCACUCUCUUCCGGUCCGCCAUCCUCCUGUUCUACAAGCGGGUCUGGGAGGACCGCGAGUUCCGCACCUGGGGCUUCACCAUCGCCACCAUCUCAGCCGCGUGGACCAUCGGUUGCUCUCUCUCCGCCAUCUUCCUGCCUGAGUGUUACCCGGCCGAGCGACUCUGGAUGCCCUCGGUUGAGGGCGACUGCACGAACCUUGUCGCCCGGCAGUUCUACAUCCCGAUCCCAGAUGUCCUGUGCUCGCUGGCCGUCUUCUCCCUGCCGAUUCCCCGCCUGCUCAAGCUACACAUCGACGGGUACCAGAAGUUUAUGCUUCUGGUGGCCCUGCUUGUCGGGCUCUGCUCCGUCGGCUCCGGCUUCUACCACUUUUGGGUGCUGCUCAAGUUCACGCCCACGGACAUGUCAUACACCCUCGCCGACGUCUACACGUGGCGGGUGAUCGAGCUGUUCUGUGGCAUCGUGGCCGGCAGUCUUCCCGUUUUGGUAAGUAAAGUCCUAUUCUGCCACUUUCUCACACCCCCCACAGCCCCAACCCCUCCCCGUGCUACCGCCAUGUUCAUGCCCACAUCCGACCCAAAGUCCAUCUGCUAAGUGCUAACCACAUGUCCAAAAACAAAACAGGAGCGGCUAAUCAACGAAGUCCGCUUCAACGGCACCUUCUUCUGGCCCGGCGCGCCCCAUCCCAGCCCCCCGGCCCUCUUUGCCAUGCCCUAUCCGGGCAACAACCCCGGCCCAGACUCGGGCAUUGAGUUGUCCACGCUGGCGCCUGUGUCGGCCCCUCAGGGCCAGGGCCAGGCUGCUGCCAGCACCGCCAUCGCCUAAGCGUGGUGGUCGGUGUCUGGCAGCACCCGAGCCGGGCGAGCCGCGGGGGGCUGGUUGUCGUGGUGAUGGUGGUGGCGGUGGUGGUGGCGGUGAUAGUGCUGGUGGUGGUGGUCGCGGUGGUGGUGUCGCGCUGGUGGCAGCGGUGGUUG